CGAAGCCAAGAGAAGUUUCACAGGAUAAAGGAUCUUCGACUUCCAUCAGAGGAGUUGAUCGGAUAGCUUCCUGCUAUCUGGUGUAAGGCAUAAAAACAAAGCUAGAAUUUUGUUUGUCUACAGCUAAAAAAAAAGCUUUAAAAAUGGCUGGUCUACCAUCUCUGAAUGACGACCAGAUGAAGCUGGUCCAAGACUUGGAGAUAGAAAUGAUGUCGGACAUGUACACAAGAAUGACAAACUCCUGUCAUAAAAAAUGCAUUCCAACCAAGUACAAGGAUUCUGAAAUAGCAAAGGGAGAAGCUGUGUGUAUUGACAGAUGUGUAGCAAAAUACUGGGAAAUCCACGAACGUGUGGGCAAAAAGCUCCAGAACAUGUCAACCCAAGAUGAAGAGGCUUUGAAAAAGAUGGCAGCACAACAGGGUCUUGUAAAAUAACAUUUUGAAAUAAUGUAAACUGAAUUUUGUAUAGUGUUGCAGUCAAGUUAACUCAAUUAUAAUAGGCUAAAAAUUAAAAUGGCUUGUGAUCAAAUGCUAUUAUUUUUUAAUACAUUUCCCUGAAUAUUUAUAUUCAUAAUUUCCUUGUCUUUGUUUUAUAAAUUCAUUGGAAAAGAAAUUUAACUUGCUUUCUACAGAUGUAGUCUAUUGUACAAUGUUUAAAAUUAUUCAAUAUAAAAAUGGUUAAAGCUGGGGAGCAAUUUUAACAGAAGAGGUAAUAUGCUCUGAAUACCUUUGUAAAUAAAGCAUAUAAACAUGUUUUAUAGUAUUAAUUGAUCUGAAUACAUAUUUAUAAAUGAUUAUCAUGCAUAUGAGUAUGGAAAAUAAUCUAAUUGAUGUUUCCAGCUUUGUGCCAUGUUCAAAUAAUUUUUUCUGGAAUGAAAAUAUAUAAAACUACUGAAGAAAAUUAUUAAAAAGCUGUUCAUUUCACCAGUAUUUGGCUAGUUGAGGAAAUUGUAGGGUAAUAAAGAUGGUUUGGAU